AUGUAUAGCGUUGUACUGACAUCUGAUGGGAUGUAUUUGGCGUAUUUAAUGGUCGCUCUAUUGACACAAAGUGGUGCCUCCUUUAACACUCAUAUUUGCCCCGAGGAGGUUUCUAGCGGGAUCCCCUUUGACAUAUACGGCAGUCCUAUUCUCCCCGUUGCCCUCUAUAGUGACCACUCUAAUGAGAUUUUGCCUCCAUCAUGGUCAACUGUUUCGGGUAUUUGGACACAGAAUCUCUUGGAUGCGCUGUCUACUCCUGAUUUGUCUAACUGUCUCUUUGAUGACCUACCCGAAUGUGAAAGUACCUUCGGAGAAGCGACGGAAAGGCUAUUACCCCCCUAUGAAUUUCCGCAGGUAUCAGAUCUUCUAGUGAAAGAGGUGCGUGGAAAAAAGUGGGGCAAAUCAAGUCUCUAUGAUUUUAAAAAUACGACGUUGGUGGUGAUAAGGCGGACAAUAUUGAUUCGUUGCUUAUACUGGUGUCAUGCAAUUUUGCAUCUGCCGAUUGAACUACGUCCAAUGAUGUCGGAUGUAUGUCCAAACCCCUGCAAUCAGGGUAACGUUUGCUUAGGGACAGGCGACGUUUAUAGAACAUGUCAACUGACUGGAGAGGGUUUUUUUUUGCACCAGUAUAAAUGCACCUGUAAGGAGAAUUUCGUCUGGGACCCUGCCGUGCAGGGUUGCAUACCAAACAAUCCUUGUGAACGGCAAGGAGAGUCGGUGUGCUAUUCUAACGGAACGCUGUUGUGUUCAUACGAUCCUGCUUUUAACGAGGUUUCCUGCCUCUGCAAUCCUAAAUAUAUGGGUGAUACCUGUUCCAUUCCUGCAAAUGCCUGUGAAGAUUUAAUUCGAAAUCCCCUGCUGCCGAACGGAGGACUUACAUCCGCGGGUAAUCGAGCCUGCAACGUCAACAACGAUGGCAACCGCUGCUUACCCGGCCUCGAUCCUGAUUUGGGCCCCAUCUACUCCUGCACCUGCUCGACCGGUCGGUGGACUAGAGACAUCAGUCUGGGCUACGACAACUGUCUUAAGAAGGUGACAAAGUGUGAUCAGAUCAUCUGCAUCAAAGGACAAUGUGUCGAUAGUCGAGAUGGCAUUGAGGCGGCGUGUGUGUGUGAGGAGGGCUACGAUUCGCCAAUGUGUGCUACAUGGACAGGCGUUUGGAGCUCAUGGACGCCAUGGAGUCAUUGUUUGCCGGCCUGUGGUGUGGAGCGAUGGGCCAUCCGCACCCGACGCUGUAUUACGGCAGAGCACUUCACUGCGUAUUCCGAGAACAUUGAUUGUCGUGAACCCAGUGUCGAACUCGUCCCCUGUGACCCUCACUCCUGUGCGCGUAAGUCGUCCUUAAUCAAUGAUAAGGCCCAGGGAAUGCUACAGAACGGCACUGGAGCGGCCCAAUCUUCUGGAAGUACCAGGCUUCGAGUGGCCCAUUUUACACCAAUCCUUCCACUGGCUUACUCUAGUUUUCAGUACUUUCUGUGCAUGAUACCUGACGAGGGUGCAACUCUAACCCGAUACUUUGAAAUCCGGGAGCACGCUCUUCAGGCAGUGUUCGUACUUGCAGCUGCAACAGGUGCGCUCCUAGCGCUCUGCUGGAGGCUUUCUCUUCACGCCAAAUUGGCUACCCGAAUGAAGCUAACAUUAAGAAGGUCCCAUUAA